AGGAGACGCGCUUGUGUGACCCCAGCCUCGCCGGGGGCGGCUCGGUGUCCACGCAGCUGGCCUCGGGAACCUGCCACACCAAGUGGCCCGCGUGCCUGGAAGGGGAGGCCUGCCUUGCAGUCUCUCUGAGGCUUUAUGUUGAAUCUCUGGGACUCGCAGGUGUAGGUGGUGGGAGGAGGUCGGGGCCAGUCCGUGUGACUGGGGAAGCGAGACCCCGAGAAGACCCCGUGGGGAAGUGGAGGCCUUCCAGGACAGUGAGAGCCGGAUGUGAGAACUUGAAGGAAGCAUUGUGCUUUCUAGUGCGCGUGCAGGAGUUAGCAAGUAGAUCAGACCUCCGAGACCAGGUGACGGGACAGACGAUGGGCCGAGGGCUGUUCGGAGCAGGCCACAAAUAGAGGAAAUGGGCUUUCUAGGUGCAGAAGGGAGCCAAUGGGAAGGAGUUUAAGGUAGGAGACAGCUAAGGCCAUGGGGCUGAAGCAGAAGGGGGCACAGCGCUCUGUGAUGAAAGCCGUGGCAGAGCUCAUAGGUUAGAGCCUUUUUGCCCAAGGCGAGCGCUUGGCCCUUGUGUUACUGCAGGAUUUUUUUUUUUUUUUUAACCUUACCUCGUUUACGUUUUCAAAAAUAUUACUUGGCCUUCUAGAUGGAGAAGGGUGGAAGUUGACUUGUUAGGGGCUGUUGCAGCAGGCUAAGGGAGAGGUGACAGUAGUGUCCCCACAGUGGAAAUGGGGAGAAUUAGGUUCAGAAUGAAUGAAUUUUGGAGGUAGAGCUUGCAGGACGUAGUGCGAGUUGGAUGCGAAGUGUUUGGGAGAAGGAGGAACCAAGGACUUCCUACAGGAAGAUAGUUUGGAUCCGGAGUUGUAUUUUGAACAAACUAAGUUGGAUGACAACAGCAACACGACAAGAAGUUCUUGGCCUCUACCGCAGCAUUUUCAGGCUCGCGAGGAAAUGGCAGGCGGCAUCAGGGCAGAUGGAAGACACCAUUAAGGAAAAACAGUACAUACUAAAUGAAGCCAGAACGCUGUUCCAGAAAAACAAAAAUCUCACGGACCCAGACCUGAUUAAACAAUGUAUAGAUGAAUGCACAGCCAGGAUUGAAAUUGGACUUCAUUACCAGAUUCCUUACCCAAGGCCAAUUCACCUACCUCCAAUGGGCCUGACCUCCCUACGAGGCCGGGGACUUCGAAGCCAGGAGAAACUGAGGAAACUUUCCAAACCAGUGUAUCUCAAGUCUUAUGAUGAAGUUUCCUAAUCCAGAAGGAAGUUUAUUUCUGAGAAUGAUGAGCCAACAUGAUCUUGAAUGUAAACCAGAUGUCAAAACCCAUCUCCUUAACCAGGGGCAAAAAUCCAAGUAUCUUCUUAAGAUGUGUAAAACUUUGUGCUUAUUAUACAUCCUUAGAGUUUGUCAGAGUCUUGCUGCCUGAGUGGAUGACAUUAACCUGGAGGUCAGGGGCCCUAAUCGCCCUGAAAACACUGUUGGAGAUAAGACUAAGUCCUGUGGGAGGAAGGAUGAGAGUGAUGGAGCUUCUCAUGGGAAUGCUGUUCACCGACAGACCAGCUGAUGCAAACUGUUGAAAGUCCUCAUGACUGCUAUAAAACUGUAUGCCACCUUCGGAAUGUUUUUAAACUUUUUUUUUUCCAAGUUAAAGAUUUGCUUAAAAGUAGAGUUUUCUGAGUGUGCUUUUUGAUUCCCCUUAAAAGGGGCUUCACUGAAUUGACUGUAGUUUCUCAAAGAAUUUUUAUAUGAGCCAUUCCUCCCCCAUACACAUAAACAAAAGUACAUGUCAUAGUUAAAUUGCAUAUGGUUAUCUUAAAGAUGCACUUAAGAUCUGUAAAGCUCACUUGAAACUCAUACUGUAUUCAUUUUGAAUGUUUUACCUUAACAUAAUUAAAAAUACAAGGCCCCAGUUGGCUUUCAAAUUAUGUCUAAACACAAAUGAGACAAACAGAUCAAAACACAAAGAAAUUACAGCCCUGCAUGUAUGGAGUCAGAGAGUCCCUUGUCGAGUCAUUUGUGCAUCAUUGUCAUUUCCUCUUACCUCCAGAGAGGAUGGGCGUCACCAAUAAAGACAAAUCUCUAUUAA